AACGAUAAAUAACAUCCUAUUGUGACCUGUUUAUUUAAUUGAAACCCAUGUGUUGAUAACAAAUAUGCACAAUUGUAUAUAUUUCUACUUGCAUUUAACAUUUGAAGUACAUUUUGUUGAUAUUAUUUUAUUUUAUAUAAAAAAUAUUAAGAGACAAAAGAGUUGCUAAGCACCGUAAUUUGUACUUGAUUCGUUGGUACAAUGGAAAUUUUAAAGUUCUAGGAGAACUGAAAAGUAUAUUGAAAUGGAUAGCGAACUAAAAAGUCAUGAUUUACGUUCGAGUUUCUCUUCAGAAACCGAGUUGCGCAAACGAACUCAAGCGUUGGCAAAUCAGGCUAAAAAUUUGCAUCCUAAAGCAGAUACUAUUGAAUACAAGGAAAGACAACAUCAGCAACAAAAUGGCCAUAAAGAAAAAGAGUUUUAUCCGAUGUCUCCUUCUGCCCAUAAAACAUCUUAUCAGCUUACUCGAACACCUCCGAUAAAAACACCAACCACAAUUACGUCAGCAGAAACGACAAGUAAAGUAGCCUCAGUAUUAAUGAACUCUAAUCUGAAUGUUGACAUAACCCCGAAUCGCCGUUUCAGUGAAAGUUCGGCAGAUGAAUUGUACAGAAGUGAUGAAUCAACUAAGCGAACUGCUUUAAAUAAAAUCAUGGGGUACAAGGCUUUGGUUAAUACUAAUAACUCCAACGCUCAGCUCUCUAAUAGAAGAAAAUGCCCUCGAUUCUCUAACGAUGACGAUGACGAUGGGGAGAGCUGUUGUUGUUUUGAUGGGGACAAUAGAAAAAGACGCUUAAGUGACGCUAUCGAUGUCGGAAUACGUGUAAUGCUAGUAUUUAUUUUUAUAUCACUGGAAACAACAAAGCCAUUCAAACGAAAAGUUCAUCCCGAAGAGAUGUGGCUGUACAAAAAUCCUCGCACCCCAGACAUAGUUUCGGCUCAGACACUCAUAUUAUCUGUGAUAUUUGGUCCAUUAUUUGUAACAUUGUUUAAUUUGUGGCUGUCGAGAGAUCGGCGUGACUUUCGCGCAGCAAGCUGGGUUUGGACUUUGGCGCUUGGAUUAAAUGGUGUUACAACAAGCCUCUUGAAAAUAACAGUAGGGCGUCAUAGACCUGAUUUCUUUUACCGCUGCUUUCCUAAUGGUAUUGUAGUACUCAACAACGCCACCGAUUCAAAUGGUUCGCUGGACUAUUAUAAUUGCACUGGUGACUUACGUCAAAUAUGUGAGGGCCGUAAAAGUUUCCCCAGCGGCCAUGCUUCCUUUGCUUUUGUUGGGUUAGGUUUCAUCGCUAUUUAUGUAGCCGCCAAACUACAUGCACUGAGUGCGCGUGGUCGCGGUCAAUCCUGGCGUUUAUGCGUUUCAAUAUUGCCGUUAAUUUUAGCAGCUUUGAUAGCAGUUAGUAGAACUUGCGACUAUCAUCACCACUGGGAGGAUGUUGUGGCCGGUAGUUUAAUUGGAUUAUUUUGUACUUAUGUAGUUUAUAGACAAUAUUAUCCUUCAUUAUACUCGAUUCAUUGUCAACGCCCCUAUUUGCGAACAUGUGAAAGAUUGACACAAAAUUAUAAGCAGUUGAAUCUACAAUCAAAGACACAUGAGUGUUUAUCUUCAAAAGAAAAUAUAAACGAAGUGAGCGAUCUUCCCGAGGAUGAACGCCGUCGACUUAUUUGAACGGGUAUAAUGUUAGUUAAGAACUUCAAAAAAUUAAGUAUUGUAAUAUAUUUAAGUAGAAUAAUUAACAUUAUCAUUAUCGUAAAUGUAUAAAAAAACACAAAUGUAAAUAUUUAUAUAUUUCAAUAGGAAACAUGGGCCGAAAAUUAUUGUUUUAAUUUAGUAAAUGCUUUAAUUAUAUUCAAAAAGUUUAACUUAAAUCAUUUUAAUUAUUGUUAUAAAAAAUUUAAGUCAGACAUCUUUACUAAUGGCUGUUUAGUCAAAAUUUUUCUGCAAGAACAAAAGUGAAAUGUCUUUGAAGUUUUAAGCUGCCUCCGAGUUAAUGACUAUUAAAGUCAAUAUCCUCUUACAUUGAGGUAAUUCCAGGAUGUUUACUAUUAC